AUGCUAAGUCUUCUAUUUGGAAGCUUUCUGAUCUCAAUUGCCGCUAUCUUCGGUCCAUGCCUCUUUGCAACUGUACGAUGGUACCGUAAAUUGCACAAUUCGCAGCUGUGCCUGCCACCGAGCCCUCCUGGCCAGCUUUUCUUUGGUCACACGAGGGUGAUCCCUUCUCAGAACCCGGAGAUAUAUUACCAAAAGCUGUCAAAAGAAUACAAGUCCGAUGUCCUUUACUUCCAGCAGUACAGAACUCCAGUCAUUGUGCUGAAUUCCGGGAGAGCUGCAGAUGAACUUCUUUCCAAACGCGGAGCAAAUUACAGUAGUCGACCAAGAUUUGUGCUUUUCGAAGUGAUGCGCUGGGGGUUAACGCUCACUUUCAUGCCUUGGGGUCCUCUCUUCAAAGCCCACAGAGCCUUGCUUCAAAAGAAUUUCACCAAAUCCAAUGUCCUGCAAUACCAAGAACGGCAAGAGCAGGAAGCGCGUCGAGCCAUCUUGAGCAUCACCAAAAAUCCUUCCGGCUGGGAGUCUCACAUCAGAAGGCCCGUCUUUGCCUCAAAUAUUGUUCUGCAGAUCGCCUUUGGGAUGGAAUUGACUCGAGAUGAAGAUUCGAGCGUUCAAGUUGCGACCGGUCUUGCAAACAGAGUUCUCGCAGAAGGAGGUUCCCCAGGAUCGACAGUUAUUGACAACUUCCCUUUUCUUAGCAAGCUGCCGAACUGGAUUGUACGAUCUGAAGCUUUGCGCCAUGCUAGAAAGUGGGGUUGGAUUAUUCGACACCUCCACGAUACCCCGUUCUCGGCAUCGAAAAGACACUUUGAAAAUGGAACCUUGCAGCACAAUUCGUUUGCGUAUCCUCUUUUGAAACGACAUGCCGAGAACCAGAGUCGUGGAAUUUCUAGCGACUUGACCAUGGCAGACAUCAAUGGCGCGGCUGCAACGAUCUUCAUCGCUGGUUUCGACACGACAAAUACCACAAUCCUGGUUGGGAUUCUUGCAUUGCUCUUAUACCCCACAGUGUUCGGUAAAGCCCGAGAGGCACUCGAUCGAGCCAUCGGCAAGGACUGCCUUCCGGCCUUCUCAGAUCGUGAAAAUCCCGGCUUGAGAUACAUCAAUUACAUCGUGGAGGAGACCAGCCGCUGGAGACCUCUUUCACCACUCGGCGUGCCACAUAAAUCUCUGGAAGAUGAUGUCUAUAAUGGCAUGUUCAUUCCCAAAGGCUCGACUGUUUACUUCAAUGUCUGGGCAAUGAGUCGUGAUGAGAGUACCUAUGAGGAUCCCGAGCUCUUCAAUCCUGACCGGUAUGUACCUAUAGAGGAAGGAGGCGUAGGAGAACCUAUUCUGCAAGGUCCCUUUGGGUUUGGACGCAGGAUUUGUGUUGGCAAACAUCUCGCACAAGCAAGUGUCUGGAUUGCGUUGGCAACUUUGAUCGCGACCAUGGAUAUCUCCAAUUCUUUCGGACCUGAUGGAAAUGAGAUCAAGCCCGAUGUGAAGUUCAGUUCUGGUCUCUCCAGGUGA